AUGCUCUGCUCACGAGGCUGCAGUUCUAUUUGGGAAGUUGGCAGCUCGAGGCAGAGGGGCUUUAGUCUCGCGACUCUGGAAUUAUGAACAGAGCUGGUCCCACCGGCACCUUGUUUUGAACAUUAUUUCCGACAUCUGACACCAUGGAGUUCGGCACGCGCGUUUUCAUCGCAUUCCUCGUCUCCCAGGUUGUGUGCAUUGGAGCACAGGAAGAGGAAGAGAAAGUCGAAUGUGUACCAGGAUUUCAGGAGAAAGAGUACCUUGUGGAAUACAGGGAUGGAUUCCUCAGAAAUGUUUCUCUGCUGCAAGUUAUGUUCGACGACUGCAUGGGAAACGAGGGUGUUGAGUUUGAAGUGUCAAACCCAGACUUUCUAAUAGAUGAGAACCUGUAUCUGGUUCCUAGAAGAGACGUGAUUGACAGCGGAGAUGUCAUGUUCAUCCAUGGUGUCAACAAACACGUUGAUGAUAUGACACAGGUGACCAUUACUGGAGCACCACCCAGAUCCCCUCAGACGCUCAGGGAGAUUCUGGGUAUACCAGACAUAAUGCCCUACAGGUCAAAGAGAUCCCUGUUGGUUCCACCCAUGUUUGUCCCCGAGAACCAACGAGCUCCGUUUCCCCGGUCUAUUGGAAAGGUGAUCUCGUCUGACAUGAAGGCGGACCACAUUUUUCGGCUGACAGGAAAGGGUGCGGAUCAAGACCCAAAGGGCGUGUUCAGCAUCAACCGACUGACAGGAGAGGUGGCGGUUAGCCGAGCCCUGGACCGAGAGGCUAUUGCGUAUUACCAUCUCCAAGUAUCCACAACUGACCUCAGUGGAAGGUUGGUAGAGGGACCAGUGGACCUGGACGUGUCUGUUAUUGACCAGAAUGACAACAGGCCGAUCUUUAAGGAGCCCCGGUACUCUGGGGAGGUUCUGGAGGGUUCUCCCACAGGCACUACAGUGAUGACUAUGACGGCUUACGAUGCAGAUGAUCCCAACACAGACAACGCUGUGCUGCGCUACAUCAUCUUGAGACAGUUACCCAAUAAACCCUCACCCAAUAUGUUUUACAUUGACCCAGAAAGGGGCGACAUCGUCACAGUGAUCUCACCCAACCUGCUCGAUAGAGAGACUCUCCCCACCACGCAGUAUGAGCUGGAAAUCGUGGCAAAAGAUAUGGCAGGAAGUGAAGUGGGACUGACAGGAACUGCAACAGCUACAAUCACCAUCACAGACAGAAAUGACCAUGCACCCGAGUUCACUCACUCACUGUUUCAGGCCACAGUGAACGAGGGCUCCACUGGGGUUGUGGUGAACCUGACAGUGGACGACAGAGAUGACCCGGCCACGGGAGCAUGGAGAGCCAUAUACUCUAUCAUCAAUGGAGAUCCCAACCAGAACUUUGAGAUCCAGACAAACUUGGACAACAACGAAGGCAUGUUGUCUGUGAUAAAGCCUCUAGACUACGAAAGUGCGAUGUUUCACACACUGUUGAUAAAAGUGGAAAAUGAAGACCCGCUGGUGCCAGAUGUCGUGUAUGGGUCCAGCUCUACAGCAACAGUCUACAUCACAGUUCUGGAUGUGAACGAAGGACCCGUGUUUUUUCCAGAUCCCCUGAUGGUCAUCAGGAGAGAGAAUAUUCCCGUUGGCAGCUUUGUCGCCAUGUUGAACGCAACUGACCCCGACUACCUCCAAACCCAGAGCAUAAGGUUUGCUGUGUUGAGAGAUCCGGCAGACUGGCUGAUCGUGAACCCUUUCAAAGGCAACGUCACUACCAGGGCCAUAUUGGACCGCGAAUCUCCACAUGUUCACAACAACCAGUACACUGCUCUCUUCAUUGCCACCGAUAACGGCAGUCCACCCGCCACGGGCACAGGUACACUUAUAAUAACUCUGGAGGACGAGAACGACAACGCGCCCUACAUCUUUCCUUCAGUGGUCCGCGUGUGCGAGGACACUAAAGACAUGAACGUGGUGGUGAUCGGUGGACGAGACAAGGACAUUCAUCCUAAUACAGAUCCUUUCAAGAUCGAGCUUGGCAAACAACCAGGGUUGGAGAAAACAUGGAAGGUCUCCAGGAUCAAUGGCACCCACUCCCAGAUCAUGUUGCUGCACAAUCUUAAAAAGGCCAACUACAACCUGCCUCUGGUUCUGACCGACUCUGGCAUGCCUCCUAUAUCCAACAACACAGAUCUCAAAGUUCAAGUGUGCACUUGCAAGAAGAACAGAAUGGACUGCAGCGGUACCGGCUGGGUCCAAUCAAACCUAUCGCUGCUGCUCGGCCUAGUUUUGCUCUCCAUCCUCUGCUUGUAAAUUCUGCUGAUUCGUACUGUAGUCCUUUUGCAACACUGAAGAAAACCCUCUUCUCUUCUCCACACAAAAACCAGGCUGGGGAGAGAGAAGAAACACUCUCCCAAAAGACACCUUGCACCCUUGGCUCCUCUCCUGUCAGCUCUCCCCUGGGCUUUUGUUUCUCUAUUCUCAACCGGUCACUUCAUCCCCUCGCCUCCGGGAACUCUUCUUCUCUCUCUUCCUCCUCAAUUUCUCUGCACUUUCCCUUCAUACCUCUGGAAAAGAUCUUGGAUGCGACCACCUGAUGAACUUUCUCACUAAAACAAGGGAUAUAUUGGAUGGGGACAAAGCGAUUGGACAUUUCGAUGUACUUUAGUUUCCUCUGGUUAAAGACUACUGUAUUUGAUCUUGUUUACUAAUGUAAGGGAUGGACACGAGGCCUCUUUAGUCUGCAGUGGUUGUGUUUUCUUAGGGCAGGGUGGUAGCCAGAAGCCUUCAAAGUCUAAAAAAGUCUAUUGAGUCCUUAUUUUCGUUUUCGGUUUGAUUGCAUUAGUUGUUAUGGAGUGGAACACAAUAUCUCUUUAUAGUAAUGUGUGAAAUAGUGGGAGGGAAAUGUACACUAUAUAUAUUUUAUUUUUUACCAAUGUACAAAUAUAUUAAUUAAAUUAUGUACUUUGACCGCUUUUUCUUUAACGACCCCUCACAAAAAAAAAAGAACUGUAUGUUUUUUGCAAAUUUUAGGGACUAUUUCUAAUGCCAUUGAUGUUUUUUCUUUUUAUUUGCGAGCUCUGGUUUUGAAAUCUGGAGACCCAAAAGUGAAUAUGUUUCGUGAUCCUUGUUUCUGGUGGUACGGCAUUUGUUUUUUCUUUUUUUUCUUUUCCCUUGGGUCAGUCAAAGAGGCCAAGGACAGCGGUUUAUUUGCUGGUUUCUUUCUUUUUCCUUUAUUUGUGCUUGUAAGAAUAAGACAACAAAAAAGAAAGAAUGAAAAAAAUGAAAACAAAACAAAAUGCGUGUGUGGAUUUGCGUGAAAGACCCCAUAGGUUCUGAAAAUGCAAAGAAAAAGAUGAAGUGGUGAAUGAGUUAUGUCUGUCUUUUGCACUAAUUUAAUAAAGCUGUUACUGUACUUCCCACUA